GAGGCGGAGGAGGAGGAGGAGGAGGAGGAGGAGGAGCUGCGGAGCUGCCCUCGGAGGACCACUGCUCACCGGGGCUGCGGAGAAGCCACCGGCCCCACGUCUGCUUCCCCGCGCCGCCGACCGCCACCAUGAUCGCCGCGCAGCUCCUGGCCUAUUACUUCACCGAGCUGAAGGAUGACCAAGUCAAAAAGAUUGAUAAGUAUCUGUAUGCCAUGCGGCUCUCUGAUGAAACUCUGAUAGAUAUUCUGACCCGCUUCAAGAAGGAGAUGAAGAAUGGCCUUUCCAGGGAUUAUAAUCCAACAGCCUCAGUCAAGAUGUUACCGACCUUUGUAAGGUCCAUUCCUGAUGGUUCAGAAAAGGGGGAUUUCAUUGCCCUGGAUCUUGGCGGGUCUUCCUUUCGAAUCCUGAGGGUACAAGUGAAUCAUGAGAAAAACCAGAAUGUCAACAUGGAGUCGGAGGCCUACGAGACCCCAGAGAACAUCGUGCAUGGCAGCGGAAGCCAGCUUUUUGAUCAUGUCGCUGAGUGCCUGGGAGACUUCAUGGAGAAAAGGAAGAUCAAGGACAAGAAGUUGCCUGUGGGGUUCACAUUUUCUUUCCCCUGCCGACAAUCCAAAAUAGAUGAGGCUGUUCUGAUCACAUGGACAAAGCGGUUCAAAGCCAGCGGUGUGGAAGGGGCCGAUGUGGUCAAGCUCCUGAAUAAAUCCAUCAAGAAGCGAGGGGACUAUGAUGCCAACAUUGUAGCUGUGGUAAAUGAUACAGUGGGGACCAUGAUGACUUGUGGUUAUGAUGACCAGCAGUGUGAAGUGGGCCUGAUCAUUGGCACUGGCACCAACGCUUGCUAUAUGGAGGAACUGAGACAUAUUGACCUGGUGGAAGGUGAUGAGGGGAGGAUGUGCAUCAACACAGAAUGGGGGGCCUUCGGGGAUGACGGUUCCCUGGAAGACAUCCGCACUGAGUUUGACAGAGAGUUAGACCGGGGAUCCCUCAACCCUGGAAAACAGCUGUUCGAGAAGAUGGUCAGUGGCUUGUACAUAGGGGAGCUGGUCCGCUUGAUCCUGGUCAAGAUGGCCAAAGAAGGUCUCUUAUUUGAAGGGCGCAUCACCCCAGAGCUGCUCACCAGAGGGAAGUUCAAUACCAGCGAUGUGUCAGCCAUUGAACAGAAUAAGGAAGGCAUCCAAAAUGCCAGAGAAAUCUUGACCCGCCUGGGAGUGGAGCCCUCUGAUGAUGACUGUGUUUCGGUCCAGCACGUGUGCACCAUUGUCUCCUUUCGCUCAGCCAACCUGGUGGCUGCCACGCUGGGUGCCAUCUUGAACCGCCUGCGUGACAACAAAGGUACCCCCAGGCUGCGGACCACGGUUGGUGUGGACGGCUCUCUCUACAAGACACACCCCCAGUAUUCCCGACGUUUCCAUAAGACCCUGAGGCGCCUGGUGCCCGACUGCGACGUGCGCUUCCUCCUCUCGGAGAGUGGCAGUGGCAAGGGUGCUGCCAUGGUGACUGCAGUGGCCUACCGCCUGGCCGAGCAGCACCGGCAGAUCGAGGAGACCCUGGCCCGCUUCCGCCUCACCAAGCAGACACUGCUGGAGGUGAAGAAGAGGAUGCGUGUUGAGAUGGAUUUGGGGCUGAGUAAGCAGACCCAUGACAAAGCUACAGUCAAGAUGCUGCCUUCUUUUGUCCGGAGCAUUCCAGAUGGGACUGAGCACGGCGACUUUUUGGCCUUGGAUCUUGGAGGAACAAACUUCCGAGUCCUGCUAGUGAAAAUCCGAAGCGGGAAAAAGAGAACAGUGGAGAUGCACAAUAAGAUCUAUUCCAUUCCCACGGAAAUCAUGCAGGGCACCGGAGAGGAGCUGUUUGACCACAUCGUCUCCUGCAUCUCCGACUUCCUGGACUACAUGGGGAUCAAAGGCCCCCGGAUGCCUCUGGGCUUCACCUUCUCUUUUCCCUGCAAACAGACAAGCCUGGAUUGUGGAAUCCUGAUCACCUGGACAAAGGGUUUCAAGGCCAGUGACUGCGUGGGUCAUGAUGUAGCCACUUUGUUAAGGGAUGCGAUAAAAAGGAGAGAGGAAUUUGACCUGGAUGUGGUGGCUAUGGUCAAUGACACUGUGGGAACCAUGAUGACCUGUGCAUAUGAGGAACCCAGCUGUGAAGUUGGACUUAUUGUAGGGACUGGCUCCAAUGCCUGCUACAUGGAGGAGAUGAGGAACGUGGAGGUGCUGGAAGGGAACCAGGGGCAGAUGUGCAUCAACAUGGAGUGGGGCGCCUUUGGGGACAACGGGUGUAUGGAUGACAUCAGAACGGAGUAUGACAGAGUGGUGGAUGAAUUCUCUCUGAAUGCCGGGAAACAAAGGUAUGAAAAGAUGAUCAGUGGUAUGUACCUGGGGGAAAUCGUCCGCAACAUCUUGAUUGACUUCACCAAGAAGGGAUUCCUCUUCCGGGGACAGAUCUCUGAGCCUCUCAAGACUCGGGGCAUCUUUGAGACCAAGUUUCUCUCUCAGAUUGAGAGUGACCGAUUAGCGCUGCUCCAAGUGCGGGCCAUCCUCCAGCAGCUGGGUCUGAACAGCACGUGUGAUGACAGUAUCCUUGUCAAGACCGUAUGCGGGGUGGUGUCCAAGAGGGCCGCACAGCUGUGUGGCGCAGGCAUGGCUGCCGUGGUGGAAAAGAUCCGAGAGAACAGAGGGCUGGACCAUCUGAAUGUGACUGUGGGAGUGGAUGGGACACUCUACAAACUUCAUCCACACUUCUCAAGAAUCAUGCACCAAACCGUGAAGGAACUGUCACCAAAGUGUAGUGUGUCCUUCCUCCUGUCUGAAGAUGGCAGUGGCAAGGGGGCUGCCCUCAUCACAGCUGUGGGCGUGCGGCUCAGAGGAGAAAUUACGAGCAGCUAAGAGCCAGAAUCCCCCCAUCCCCAUCCCUCCACCAUUCCCUCCAGCAUUCCUCUCUAAAACCAACGACCCCAUGUUCCACCCAGCCAGCCCUGCUGGAAGACCCAUUGCUGGAGCCCACUAUGCCACAGCAGGAGGAAAGGAACCCAGUUAAUGAAGUGUAAUGUAGGCAACACCAAGCACGUGCUGUUGAUAAUCUCUCACCUGGACCCCUCUCACCCACCCUGCCACUCUGCAUGAUUCGAGUUCGACCCAGCCGUGCAUUGCCCACUUGUGAAAUGUAGUGGCACCCAUGUCUACCACAGGUGCCCAGCCAGGUGGAAAGAUCCCCCUUUUGGACCCACCUUCUGGGCCUCCCAAGCCCAUCCUUGGGGUCACCUCCCCUGUGUGGAAGUGUAUUAUCACCAGCAGACACUGCCCGACUGCCCCUCCCAGGGGACAUGGCCUGAAGGGCGAGUAGGUGCAGGUCUGCUUCCUCCCUCCCAGGACCCUGCCAUCCCAUCUGGAUGUAUCAAUGCCACUGAAUUGUGUGUCCAUUGAACCAGUCCUAGCCACAUUGUGACAGUUUUGCAUUUUGUUUGUCUUGUAGGGUGGGGGAGGUGGGCAGACGUGUGGGAAAACGUCUUGUCUCCAUUGGGGCAAAAGGAAACAACCCACAAACAAUGCCGUCAUUGGACUCUCCCAUCGCUUCCGUGAGCCAUGUUGUAUGACUAGUAAACUUUGUACUGAUUCAAA